AUGCCAUCCUCACUGUCCAUUAUCCAUCCGGUCGUCCCGUCGCGCUGCCUCUCCCCAUUGCUCCUAUUUCCCAGCCAUUCCCCUCCCAGCCCUCACCUCACCCCAUCUUCCCCUGCAUCGCCUAUCAAUCCUCCACCGCCCUCGGCAUCCCCCUUCGCACCCCUCGCUCCUUUCCCAGCCAUCGCCUUUCUCCCAUCUGGCAGCCUCAUCGGCGGUCUCCCUGCUGCUCUCCUCUCCCAUGUAUGCGUCCCCUCGCCUUUUUGUAGCUUCUCCUCUUCUUGCGCGCGCUCUGUCUCCCCUCGCCUCUCGCUGCCUUUACUCCCCUCUCAUGUGCUGCCCAGUUCCCACAAUCCCGCCCCUCUACACCUUUGCACCUCGCCCUUUGCCGUCCGCAUGUGCUGUCCUGUGCUUCCCGUGUUUAUGCCACCCCUGAUUAAGUGCCGCAACAGCAGCCUGGCGUUUCCCAUGCAUAUAACGUCCAACCGAUGUGCUUAUCUUGACGUCCUUGUCUUCCCCCACCUAAACCCUUUUUCACGACUUGAUUUGAAGCAUCUCGUCACAGUUUCGUCCCCCGUCUCCCAGACCCGAUUCUCCUUCCUUCCACUGCCCGUCCUUCUCCCUUCCACUCCCCGUCCUUCUCCCUUCCACUCCCCGCCCUUCUCCCUUCCACUCCCCGCCCUUCUCCCUUCCACUCCCCGCCCUUCUCCCUUCCACUCCCCGCCCUUCUCCCUUCCACUCCCCGCCCUUCUCCCUUCCACUCCCCGCCCUUCUCCCUUCCACUCCCCGCCCUUCUCCCUUCCACUCCCCGCCCUUCUCCCUUCCACUCCCCGCCCUUCUCCCUUCCACUCCCCGCCCUUCUCCCUUCCACUCCCCGCCCUUCUCCCUUCCACUCCCCGCCCUUCUCCCUUCCACUCCCCGCCCUUCUCCCUUCCACUCCCCGCCCUUCUCCCUUCCACUCCCCGCCCUUCUCCCUUCCACUCCCCGCCCUUCUCCCUUCCACUCCCCGCCCUUCUCCCUUCCACUCCCCGCCCUUCUCCCUUCCACUCCCCGCCCUUCUCCCUUCCACUCCCCGCCCUUCUCCCUUCCACUCCCCGCCCUUCUCCCUUCCACUCCCCCCCUUCUCCCUUCCACUCCCCGCCCUUCUCCCUUCCACUCCCCGCCCUUCUCCCUUCCACUCCCCGCCCUUCUCCCUUCCACUCCCCGCCCUUCUCCCUUCCACUCCCCGCCCUUCUCCCUUCCACUCCCCGCCCUUCUCCCUUCCACUCCCCGCCCUUCUCCCUUCCACUCCCCGCCCUUCUCCCUUCCACUGUCGUCGCACGACUCACCUCCUCUCUUCCCACCCCGUCUCACCUCGCAGCUGGCGUGUCUGAAACACGCCAAACCUUCGCGGAGGCCACCAGCGAGCCGGGCCUCGCGUUCUUCGCGGCGAAAUUCGACGGGAUCAUGGGGCUGGGCUUUAAGGAGAUCUCCGUGAGCGGCAUCGACGCCGUGCCACCGCAGGCAGAGGGGGAGGAGGAGGAGGAGGAGGAGGAGGAGGAGGAGGAGGAGGAGGAGGAGGAGGAGGAGGAGGAGGAGGAGGAGGCGCUGCAGGCCGAGGGAGUCAGAGAGGUCGGCGUGGCACUGGGCUGGAGAUGCUGUAUGCAGACACCACCUGCUGCCGUGGGGUUGCAGCCCUGGCCGAUUGGCUUGUGGAGCCGGAAAACACGCGCAAGCUCGCCUGGGGGGUCCCAGACUUCGAAGCGCAGGAGCCCUCUACUGCUAGUGCUGAUGAAGAUGAGGGCGUGA